AUGGCAACCCCCGCGCCGCCGACCAACACCCUCCUCGCGGGCCAGCUGGGCUUCUACGCCGCCCAGGACUCGCCGUACCGCACCUACCCGUACUUUGUCUCCGGCGCGCUCGACUCGCCCAAGGCGGUCGUGUUUAUCGGCGGGCUGUCGAACGGGCUUGGCGGGGUGCCGUACACGCCCAAGCUUAGCGCUGAGCUCGAGAAGAUUGGGUGGAAGCUCGUCCAGACCCACUGGUCGUCGGCGUACGAAAACUUUGGCCGCUCCUCGCUCGACGUCGACGUCGCGGAGCUCGGCGCGCUCGUGACCCACCUGCGCAAGCAGGGCGCGAAGACCGUGGUGGUGAUGGGCCACAGCACCGGCAGCCAGGACGUGCUGCACUACCUCACGCGGCGCGCCGACGCCGACGGGGGCAUCAUGCAGGCGCCCGUAUCGGACCGGGAGCACUUCAUCCUGCAGGACGACACCAAGCCGUGGUUCGACCAGCUGCCGCUCGCCGAGAAGCUGCUCGCCGAGGGCAAGGGUGACACGGUGCUCGACUAUGCGUUUGACGCCCACGGGCUGCGGCUGACGGCGUACCGUGCCGUCAGCUUGCUGUCCCCGCGAGGCGACGACGACUACUUCUCCUCCGACAUUCCCGACACGGCGGACGGAAUCCACGUCCACCCCCUCGACCAGAGCUUUGGCAAGCUCAGCGCGCCGGCCCUCGCGCUGUAUUCCGAGAAGGACGAGUACUCGCACGUCCCCGACAUCGACGCCCACAUCGCCCGCUGGGUCAAGGCGUCGCACGGCAAGCUCGACACGCACGUCGUCAAGGGCGCAAACCAUGCCGUUGAGGACCCGGCCCACCAGAUCGACCUCGCCGCGGCGGUCGUCGCAUGGCUCGGUAAGACCUUCAAGUAG